AUGUGGAUGGACAGUCGUGGCAACGGGUCAGCAAGAAAGACGGGUAUUGGGAGCACGCCGAACACAAGAACUGGCCGCCAUGCCCUCAUUCCUCCCAUCGUUCCCAUCGUCCAGCGUUCAAUUAUCCAGUGGCCGCGUAUCUUGUCCAGGCCAUUAAGGGAUACCUAUAAAUAUUGGGGAGUAGCUCUGAUCUGGCGAGACGACCUGGCCGCCCGCGAGCAGCUUCUCGGAGUACGAAGCCCAGAUGAUGAGUUCCCGGGCGUCGUCGGAAAUGGACAAGGUGGAGAAUGUGUUGUCUUCCCCAAACACGUCGCUGUACCCAGAUUGGAUGGAAAAGACGCCGCAGCGGUCGAGGGCUCCGUUGGUGUGGGAGGCCGGACUGCCCUGGACGGAGUAGACACACUCUGUGGCAUCGGCGGCCUGGGUGUUGAUGCGGAAGGACCAAUCGCACUGAGAAUCAGCGUCGUUGCAGGCGCGCUUAAGAGAUUCGAUGAUCCAUUCAGGCUCGUCGGCCCUCAUGGACUUGGAGCCGGCGGAGCGAGGUGUUGGGCUCGCGAGGGUGAGGGAGGUAGGGAGGAGGGAGAGGAGGGUCUUGGUGAAAUGCAUUGUGACUGCUUGAAGCUUUGA